AUGCAUCGUUUUUCAACUGCCAAAGAGGCUGAGUCCCGUCUCCUUGAUCCCUCAUAUUUUUCCACCGCCUGUAGACAUCAGCCUCACAUCUACAUUGACGACCAAGGUAAUAUGCAUGACCCAGACUACCGACCUUUCCCUGUCAUCCCAUCUGCCCACAUAUUAAGCUCCUCAUUGAAUUCAUCCCUCCUCAGCCGCGAUGAACAACCGGGAUGGGUAUCCAGCCACUCAGCCGUUCGCGACAGCGAAGAAGACGAUCAAAGGGACUACUUUAACCCAUUUGUCGUUCAUGCUCGGAGAUGCUCAUCGCUCACACGAAAUAGUAUCCCUUACUACCCUUCGUCUGUACUGGACUUGCCCGUCAAUGACAUCGAGGAAGAGAGGGAAUGUGACAACUUGAAGGACGUAGUUGAUUCGUGCAAAUGGCUUCACACGUCCCUAGACUCCAAGGUAGAAGAUUAUCUAGAGACGCCUCAAGUUGAUCAGUCAGAGCCGAAAGAAGAUACGGUAGAGGAACAACCUGGGAUAAAGCGACCCACUUUGACAUGCUCAGAGGGAAUGAAAAAUAAGUGGUACGCAAUAUCGCUCAGCAUUAGCUUUAGAGCUUUUAGAGCGAGACGGGGGCUAAAAAGUGUCUUCAGUGUCUAA